AUGACGUCGCGGAUGUCUGCGCGUUCGUUGAGUCUCCUAGCUCUCGCCUUGUCACUCGGUUACGUUGCUUCUGCAGACCUCCAUCUCUUGAAUAUCAAGCAAUCAAGAGUGUAUGCCAGCUCUGUUGCAAGUGGAAGCGCGCCAGAAUAUGCCGUUGAUCAGGAGCUCAACAGCACUGGUCCAACGUGCUUUCAAUCCCUACCCGGUGUCUAUGAUGCUAGUGAAUACAGUUGGCUAGUUGUUGACCUGGGAAUAAUAACACGCAAUAUCAGCGAGCUUCGUAUUGCCCUUAAUCCAGAUGUUCAAUCUAACACCACUUUGUCUAGUGUGGAGGUUUUUGUCACAAAGAACAUGCACACUGUCGUUCACUAUGGCAACAGUGCUGAUACCCGAUUGCCGUGGAGCUCAUACAAGUUCUGUGGCAGUACGUCCAGUGGCCACCUCACCGCCACAAGUGCCGAGGUACAAUGCAAGUAUCCAUUGGAUGGUCGAUGGAUCAUUCUACGACGCAAGUUGGAACCGCUCGUCAUCUGUCUUCUCGCCGUCUACGUAGAAAAAUAUCAGGACGAGUGUUUUAAAAUGGUCAAUUCAACCUCACGGGAGCACAUAAGUGGAUUUCAGUUCCGGCUUGAACGCCACAUCUCCCUAGAGCAGUGCCGCGACUCCUGUCUGGAGACGCCGAUUUGUCAGGCGAUCGUGUUUACGCGGAAGUCCAGACGAAUAGGAAUUUGUCGCCAUUUCCGAAGCUUUAUGGACGAAAGUUCCAGUUACAUCGAAUGCGGCAGUCGCUGUCACCUUGAGGAAAACGUGUGUCAUCGUGGUAAGCAACCGGUUUUACUCAAUGUAAUUCGGUAA